UUUACAAAAAUGAAGCCGAAAAAGAAAUUAGGAGUUGGAUUAAGCCGUGAAGAACGACAGGUAAUUGUUAUCGGCGAAAUCAUCCAGGAGCUGUUGCAGGCACACGAAGACAAAAAGGAUGUCAAUUUGAAUCGCAUGAAAUCUCGUAUAUCAUCCAAAUAUGGUUUGGAAAGUUCACCACGUUUGGUUGAUAUUAUUGCAGCAGUACCACAGGAGGCAAAGAAAAUUCUACUGCCUAAGUUGAGGGCUAAGCCCAUUAGGACAGCCAGUGGUAUUGCUGUAGUUGCUGUAAUGUGUAAGCCACAUCGUUGCCCGCACAUUAACAUGACCGGCAACAUUUGUGUCUAUUGCCCUGGUGGCCCAGACAGUGAUUUCGAGUAUUCUACACAAUCGUAUACGGGUUAUGAACCCACAUCGAUGCGUGCCAUACGUGCCCGUUAUAAUCCAUUUUUGCAAACCAGACAUCGUGUGGAACAGUUGAAACAAUUGGGACACUCUGUCGAUAAAGUCGAAUUCAUAGUUAUGGGUGGUACAUUUAUGUGUUUGCCAGAGGAUUAUCGUGAUUAUUUCAUAAGAAAUUUACACGAUGCUCUGUCCGGUCAUACAAGUGCUAAUGUUGCCGAAGCUGUACGCUAUUCCGAAAAAUCACGAACCAAAUGCAUUGGUAUAACAAUUGAAACUCGCCCAGAUUAUUGUCUUAAACGCCAUAUAUCCGAUAUGUUAUCGUAUGGUUGUACACGUUUGGAAAUUGGUGUACAAUCUGUGUAUGAAGACGUGGCGAGGGAUACCAAUCGUGGUCAUACAGUUAAGGCGGUAUGUGAAAGUUUCCAUUUGGGUAAAGAUGCUGGAUAUAAAAUUGUGACACACAUGAUGCCCGAUUUACCAAAUGUUGACUUUGAGCGGGAUAUUGAACAGUUUAUUGAAUAUUUUGAAAAUCCAGCUUUCCGUUCAGAUGGCCUGAAGAUAUACCCCACAUUGGUAAUUCGUGGCACCGGAUUGUAUGAAUUAUGGAAAACUGGCCGUUACAAGUCAUAUCCUCCGUCCAUGUUGGUGGAUUUGGUUGCCAAGAUUUUGGCUUUGGUACCACCAUGGACUCGUGUAUAUCGUGUUCAACGUGAUAUUCCCAUGCCUUUGGUUAGCUCCGGUGUCGAACACGGUAAUCUGCGUGAAUUGGCUUUGGCCCGCAUGAAAGAUUUGGGCACUGAAUGCCGAGAUGUACGUACCCGUGAAGUGGGUAUCCAAGAAAUUCACAAUAAAGUCAGGCCCUAUGAAAUUGAAUUAAUUCGUCGUGAUUACGUGGCCAAUGGUGGUUGGGAAACUUUCCUCUCCUAUGAAGAUCCUGCCCAAGAUAUUCUUGUGGGUCUGCUGCGUUUGCGUAAAUGUUCCCCGGAAACAUUUAGACCCGAAUUGAAGGAAGGUCAAUGUUCUAUUGUCAGAGAGCUGCAUGUCUAUGGCUCUGUGGUGCCGGUCAAUGCCAGAGAUCCCACCAAGUUCCAACAUCAGGGUUUCGGUAUGCUAUUAAUGGAGGAAGCCGAAAGAAUAGCCCGCGAAGAACACGGCAGUACCAAGUUAGCUGUUAUUUCCGGUGUUGGCACACGAAAUUAUUACCGUAAAAUGGGCUAUGAACUAGACGGACCGUAUAUGUCAAAGAAAAUCGCUUAAUUAUCGCUUGUGAUUUGAAGUUAUUCUUUUU